GUCAGUGUCAACUGUCACGUUAUCACAUUCAAAAAUUAAAAUAAAAUUAUAUUAACACGUACCUACGAUACAUAGAGUGCGAUACAUACAAGUACAAUAAAUCAACAUUGUACAAGUAAAAUACAACCAUUCAAUAAUCGCCAUCAGAAUAAUCAAUUCAUCAUCCUACUGAUCGAUCAAAGCCCAGGACCCAGUUUUAAUUUACGUGAUAAACCCAUAUGAUCUAGUUCGGAUACUAGUACCUUAUACAUCUCGAACAAAUUCCUCUUAAAUAUGGAUAUAACACCUCUGUUUAGAGCAUGUAUAAAAACCGUGAAAACGCGCAAUAAAGCUUUUGGAAUACAAAGUCCUUCCAACGAAGAUAGGCAGCGUUUGUUAAGGAGCAAGCCCAAGAGUCCCUUUAUCACUACUGCUAAAGAAAUAACAUUACAGAUUACAAAGUUGCGUGACUUUCUUCUGGAACAUAGGGAGCGGUAUCUGAGUUUUUUCAAUAAUGUUACUGGAGAUGAAAUGCCAGACGUUGAACGUGAUCAGAUCGAUACAGGAGCCCAAAGAAUAAUAAACACAUGUUCUCAUUUGCUUAAAGAGUUUAGAAAUGACAACCGCAAGGCAACUGCUUCACCACAGAUUCGAGACUUUAUGGAUGCAGUAAUAGAUCUUGUGGACAUCUACUUAAAGGCAGUAUGCAAAAUACACAGUGAAUUAAAGGCCUUGAGAGUCAAGCGAGCCUUGGAUAUUCGAAAACUAUCCCGUCUGGAGUUGCCACAGACUAAAUCUAAUAUUCCAAAUCCUUUUAUGCCUGAUAAAAUCAUUGAAAAGGAGGUGGAAGUGGUUGAGAAUGAAGAAACUGAUGGUGUUAAGAAGAAGAUGGAUUUGUCUGAGAAUGAUGUAGCGGUGAUGUCUGAUGAAGGGCAGUUGAGUGCAGAAGAGUUACAGAUGUUUGAGUCAGAAAAUGUUCAGUUGCUGAAUGAGCUCAAUAGCAUGACGGAGGAGGUCCGGCAAAUCGAAACUAAAGUGCUUCAUAUUGCCGAGCUGCAGGAGAUCUUCACAGAGAAGGUUCUUCAGCAAGAGCAUGAUAUAGACCGGAUAUCAAAUACUGUGGUGGGGGCCACGGAGAAUGUGAAGGAUGCCAAUGAACAAAUUAAACAGGCCAUCCAGAGGAAUGCUGGUCUAAGAGUUUACAUACUCUUCUUUUUGCUAGUGAUGUCAUUCACUUUGCUGUUCUUAGAUUGGUAUAAUGAAUAAAUAAAUGUAAUGAAUAAAUGUAUUUAUU